AUGACCCGAUAUUGGCUGGAAACUUGUCCAUCUGGUUUUCAAACAAGCAAGAUGUUUAAACAUCUCAUACCCCAGAGAUAUCCACCCACAUCAACAAUCUUGGUGUCAAUGACGAGCUGCCUUCGGCUUGAAUGGCCCCCCCAACAAAAUAAAACAAUUAGGAUCGACGGUGAGAUUAAUUUUAAUUCAGAAAUGAGUUUCCUGAUUACAUUUCAACUCCACUGUGGCUCAUCAUUCAGGUUAAAAUAUGUUAUUGUUGAAGCUCUGAUUGAAAAUACAGAUCGUGAAGUAUUCUUGUUUGAUGAAUGGUUUAGAGAUCAUAAAACGCGGGACAAUAGAUAUAGCUUCUUAGUAAUUAAUUGA